GAAUGCCACAGCUGUCAGGAUCUCCUGGAGUGGCAGUGUCCAUCUCCCCACCUCCAUCAUCUACACUGUCUAUUGCUCCACGAAUGUCGUUAAGAAAAAUGAGAGGGUUUACCCACCUGGAGUGACCUCAGCCGACAUUGUGUUGGAAGAUGACAUCAUCCUCACUUGUACCUCUUACGUGCACAACUUUACACUCUAUUAUGGUGAUGUCAUCCCUUCGCCAGGGAAUAACCCUUCAACAUUGACAACCUUUACUUUUGACAAAGCAUACCUUCAGAUUCAGUUUGGGCCUUUUUACUACUGCCUCAACUGGGAAGUAAGUCUCUGAGAAUGUAAGAUUGCAAAAAUGCCUAUUAUAACCAUUGUUGUUUUGCAGUUCAAGACUGCUAUUAUCGAGAGAGAGUUACAGUUUUACUUCGUUGAGAUCAUACGUAACAGUUGCUCCGAAUGCUAUAAUUUAACCCAGAGCUUUUUCAGAAAGGGAGUAUUUGUUUGCCAUGGCAACCCUACCAAGACAACCUACCGCACCACUCUGGUUAACCCUUUCCCCACCACAAACUCCACCCACCUGGUGGGCAUUAUUCAGAGUUGGGUGUCCACGGGUCCCUCCCUCGUUCUAGAUGGUAGGCUGGUGAGGGUGAGUCCCUCCUGCCCCACCUCUAUCUCCAGUCUCGAUGAAGAAGAGUGUGAGACUGGAACCAGGCAUGACCCGGGACUGGGGGACAGGAUCACUCAGACACUCAAUGUCUGUGCUCUGAGGAACCUCGGA